AUGGAUAUUUGCUCGUGCCUACACUGUCAUGUAUUGACCGGUUGCUAUGACAUUACUUUUCGCGUCUCCACUCGAGGCGACUGCCAGUCUCAGUGUUCGGGCCGGACUCUCCUGCUAGGCAGGACUGGCCAGUCGCCUCAACACAUGACUUUGCGAACAGCCGAACAUGAAGCUGGUUUUCUGCGUGUUUCUGCUGUUGCCUCACUGGGACGAAUGGGCGCUGACGAGGCAUCAUCGUCUGGCACCAGAUCUGGUCCAGUCUAA